UCCCCGGGCUGCAACAGGUGCCUCCGGAGCAGGAAGCGCGCGCCGCCGCCGCCGCCGCUCAGCUCCCCCGGGCGCGCCAUCCCGGGACCCCGCGUGUGUCCCCACGAGAUCAGUGACCCCGCCGCUCCGCCCGCCUCUCCGCCCCGCUUCCUGCUCCCUUCGCCCUCCCCGGCGAGGGGCCCGGGAGUCCACCGAGCCCGCCUCCGCCCCCGGCCCGCCGCCCUCCCGCCGCUCCGCGCGCCAUGGACGCCCCGGAGCCGCAGCCCGACCCCGACGGCGGGGACGCCCCAGGCCACGAGCCUGGAGGCAGCCCCCAAGAUGAGUUCGACUUCUCCAUCCUCUUCGAUUAUGACUAUUUGAAUCCUAUCGAAGAAGAACCGAGCGCACAUAAGGUGGCCAGCCCACCCUCCGGACUCUACCCCGAUGAUGUCCUGGACUAUGGCCUCAAGCCAUACAGCCCCCUGGCCAGUCUCUCUGGCGAGCCCCCCGGCCGGCUGCGAGAGCCGGAUAGAGUGGGGCCCCAGAACUUUCUGAGCCCGGCCAAGCCACCGGGGGCCUCGGGCCUGAGCCCUCGGAUCGAGAUCACUCCAUCCCACGAACUGAUACAGGCAGGGGGGCCCUUCCGCGUGAGAGACACUGGCCUCCUGGGCGAGCAGCCGCCCCUGCCGGGGGUGGCGGCCACCCCGAGGUUCACGCUGCCCGUGCCGGGCUUCGAGGGGUACCGCGAGCCGCUUUGCUUGAGCCCCGCUAGCAGCGGCUCCUCUGCCAGCUUCAUUUCCGACACCUUCUCCCCCUACACCUCGCCCUGCGUCUCGCCCAACAACGGCGGGCCCGACGACCUGUGCCCCCAGUUUCAAAACAUCCCUGCUCAUUAUUCCCCCAGAACCUCGCCAAUAAUGUCACCUCGAACCGGCCUCGCUGAGGACAGCUGCCUGGGCCGCCACUCGCCCGUGCCCCGUCCGGCCUCCCGCUCCUCGUCGCCUGGCACCAAGCGGCGGCAUUCGUGCGCCGGGGCCUCGGUUGCCCCACUGCCCGGAGCCUCACCCCAGCGCUCGCGGAGCCCCUCGCCGCAGCCCCGGGACGACGGCGCCCCCGCCGGGUACCCCCCCUCGGCCGGCCCUGCCGUCCUCAUGGAUGCCCUGAACAGCCUCGCCAGCGACUCGCCCUGUGGGAUCCCCCCCAAGAUGUGGAAGACCAGCCCCGACCCGUCGCCGGUGUCCGCCGCCCCGCCCAAGGCUGGCCUGCCCCGCCACCUCUACCCGGCCGUGGAGUUCCUGGGCCCCUGUGACCAGGAGGAGAGGAGGAACUCGGCCCCCGAGUCCAUCUUGCUGGUGCCGCCAACCUGGCCCAAGCAGCUGGUGCCCGCCAUUCCCAUCUGCGGCAUCCCAGUGACGGCCUCCCUCCCUCCGCUCGAGUGGCCGCUCUCCCACCAGUCCGGCGCCUACGAGCUGCGGAUAGAGGUGCAGCCCAAGCCACACCACCGGGCGCACUACGAGACGGAAGGCAGCCGCGGGGCCGUGAAGGCUCCGACGGGCGGCCACCCUGUCGUCCAGCUCCACGGCUACAUGGAGAAUAAGCCCCUGGGGCUUCAGAUCUUCAUUGGGACAGCCGACGAGCGGAUCCUCAAGCCCCAUGCCUUCUACCAGGUACAUCGAAUCACAGGGAAAACCGUCACCACCACCAGCUAUGAGAAGAUUGUGGGCAACACCAAAGUCUUGGAGAUUCCGCUGGAGCCGAAAAACAACAUGAGGGCGACCAUCGACUGCGCGGGGAUCCUGAAGCUGAGGAACGCGGACAUCGAGCUGCGGAAAGGCGAGACGGACAUCGGGCGGAAGAACACGCGUGUGAGGCUGGUGUUCCGCGUGCACAUCCCCGAGGCCAGCGGCAGGAUCGUCUCCCUGCAGACCGCGUCCAACCCCAUCGAGUGCUCCCAGCGGUCCGCCCACGAGCUGCCCAUGGUGGAGAGACAGGACACCGACGGCUGCCUGGUGUACGGCGGCCAGCAGAUGAUUCUCACGGGACAGAACUUCACAGCUGAGUCCAAAGUCGUGUUCACGGAGAAGACCACAGAUGGGCAGCAAAUUUGGGAGAUGGAGGCCACGGUGGAUAAAGACAAGAGCCAGCCUAACAUGCUUUUUGUUGAGAUUCCUGAGUAUCGGAACAAGCACAUUCGGACUUCGGUGAAGGUGAACUUCUAUGUCAUCAACGGGAAAAGAAAACGAAGCCAGCCUCAGCACUUUACCUACCACCCAGUCCCGGCCAUCAAGACGGAGCCCACUGAUGAGUACGACCCCGCCUUGAUCUGCAGCCCCGCCCACGGGGGCCUGGGGAGCCAGCCGUACUACCCGCAGCACCCGAUGGUGGCCGAGCCCCCCUCCUGCCUCGUGGCCACCAUGGCUCCCUGCCAGCAGUUCCGCUCGGGGCUCUCGUCCCCCGACGCGCGCUACCAGCAGCAGAACCCGGCGGCCGUCCUCUACCAGCGGGGCAAGAGCCUGAGCCCCGGGCUGCUGGGCUACCAGCAGCCCGCCCUCAUGGCCGCCCCGCUGGCGCUGGCGGACGCCCACCGCUCCGUGCUGGUGCACGCCGGCGCGCAGGGCCAGGGCGCGGCGCUGCUGCACUCCGGCCCGGCCAACCAGCAGGCCUCGCCCGUCAUCCACUACUCGCCCACCAACCAGCCGCUGCGCUGCGGAAGCCACCAGGAGUUCCAGCACAUCGUGUACUGCGAGAACUUCGCGCCUGGCCCCGCCAGGCCCGGCCCGCCCCCCGGCAGUCAGGGCCAGAGGCUGAGCCCCGGCUCCUACCCCACCGUCAUCCAGCAGCAGAACGCCCCCAGCCAGAGAGCCGCCAAAAACGGACCCCCGGUCACUGACCAAAAGGAAGUGUUACCCGCGGGCGUGACGAUCAAACAGGAGCAGAACUUGGACCAGACCUACUUGGAUGACGAGCUGAUAGACACACACCUUAGCUGGAUACAAAACAUAUUAUGAAACAGAAUGACUGUGAUCUUUGAUCCGAGAAAUCAAAGUUAAAGUCAAUGAAAUUAUCAGGAAGGAGUUUUCAGGACCUCCCGCCCGAAAUCAGACGUAGAAGUCAUUAGCAGGACACCGUCCAUCCACAAGGCUGACCCUGGAGCCUCCCAUGGCCCCUGGCCCUCCGCCCCAGCGUCCACCCUGCCCCGGGGCUGCGGGCAGGGCCAAGUACCCGCCGAAAGAUAACCUUCAUCCCUGAGCUCGCCGCCUUUCUCUCUGCAUCCCGGGUCCUGCUCUAACCCCCAAAGAGCAUCUCCGUUGACUUUGAUGGUGUCCCAUCCAAGCCUUAAGUGCCUGCUGACCCCAGAUACAUUCUGAACAAGACCGGCCGCUGGAACAGAAGAUGAGGGUGUGGCAACUGAACCCCAGCCCUCGCCUUCACUUUCUUGGGUCACCAAUACAACUCUUGUACCUUUUGAAGCAAAGGAGGUUCUUCAACAGAGCAACCAAAGGAACGUGACCUAGCUGACAGGCUGGAGAGAAACAGAGAAGCGGCCCAUCCUCACCUAGUGGUCGCAUGGGCCUCACCGUGGAUGGGCCACAGCUCAAGCUUGGUUUUUAGAUUUUCUGCUUCUGAAGCAAAAAACAAACCCCAUCUGGCUUAUACAAGUUCACCUGUUAAAACUUCUUGGCCUUAAGUUAUGACAUGUGUAUGUCCCCCUCCCCCCACCUUCUCUGCUUUCAAAAAGCUGGCUGGAGGUGGAGGGGGGCUUCUCGGCCAGCUGCCCUGCCCCCUGCAUCGGACUGGUGGGCCUCACCCCAGCUGCGGGGAGAGCGCCGUCCACUGCAGCCGGACAAGCUUCACAACUCUCUGCUCUCCCCACGUACUUUUCUCCAACAGCCCAAGCGCUUUUCCAUAAUAUAGUUAAGAAGAAUCUCAAGCAUGUGCAUUGAAUUUUGAGAAGGAAUGGCAGAAGGGCUGAAGCAACCCCCAACCCACAAACAAAAACCCAAAACCACGCAGGUAUCUUUGUUAAGUGAAGUGUGGUCAUUGGCAGGUCCAAGUGUUUCAGUGGGUGGGUUCCUCCAGGAAGAACGCUGAAUCCCCUGUCCGGCCUAGACUCAAAGUGGGACACACCAGCUAGGGAUCUGACUCCAGAGUUCGCUGGUUACCUUUACCUGGACCAUUGAAACCUGCCCCUCUCCCCCACCCCCAAAGACACAUCUACAUCACCUGCUUCAUCCAGCACAAAAGUGACCUAAAUAGAAGCAAACCCACUCCCUGCACAGCCCUCAAUCUGAAGGCUCUCGGCUCAGACCACUCAGAAGGGGUACGCAGUGUACGCCCCCAUCCUGUUUCUGUGGAGUGCACCCACAAGAGUCUGUCUCCCUUAGGGCAACUUUUGCAAACAAAUAAAACACUCCAAGUUCUUGGCAGGUGAGUUUUUAAUCACACAGAUGUUUGUUUACACUAAUUGCAGAAACCCAGGACAGGCCAGGGAUUCCUUUUCAGAUGUUAAUUGCUUCUCCCCUUAUCGGCUUGGAGUGUAAAUAUUCCUAGCAGUCUUCAAAAGGCUUUGAUCAGGCCUGCCGCCUUGUAGAGUUGAGAUGGGUAGCACUUAGGGUUCCCCAUGGGUUUUCUAAGUCCUGGCUUUGUUGUCAAGUCUCCCCAGAGAGGGAAAACCUUUUGACAGCUGGACCAGAACCCAGGACCUGGUGACCUGGGCUGCUGUCUUUGGGGCUCCAGAGAGAGAACACAAUGCCUUUGCAGCCGUGUCUGUCCCCUUUCGGUCAGGACCUUGCAUUUCUUUUCCCCCAAGGACGGGGACUUUUCCCACCCACCCCAGGCAGAGUUUAGCAAAAUUCUUUUCAACAAACAGAGUAUCAGUAAGAAGCUGACCGCCAUUGCGAGAUGCAGACUUUCUGGGAUGCAAAAUUCUUCCUCACUGGUAAAGAGUUCCUUAUCUAAGCAGCUUUACCCAAAGAACUCUCCAGCAAUAGUGACUUCACGGGGAAGGGGCUCAAGCGUUUGGUGAGCAGUCUAUUCUCACUUGACCUGGCUGGGAGCCAUUUUUCUUUUUUUGCACAUGAGGGAACUUGGCCUUUCCUCGGUUAUCUGAAUGUUUUACCCAAGUGCCUUCCUGCUAUUGUAGCAAAGUCGCUCAGCUGCAUUGUGCAUGAGGUGAAAAAGGACUAAUGCGUUUUCCGUCACUGUUCUAACCAUGUUAGUGCAAAGGGCCUCCUAGUAGCUCAGAAUUCUGUACGUAUAGGUGUAUGUGCUUGUGUCUGUGAGACACACACUUUUUUCCGAAGACAUCCUAGCUGGGUAUUAUAGGAAGCACUUUCAUAAACAGCUAUACCAAAUAACAAGGGAAACAGAAGCAUUAGAUUUGAGACAUAAACAGGCAAGAGAACGUGUAAUAGGAUGUGACAGCAAUCAAGAAAGUUUUGUCAGUGACAGAGGCCAGGGGGACGUUUCGCCAAGUAAACUGUUCGUGAAAUAUUUUCAGUAUGGGAAGAGGCAAUAGGGCCUCAAAGAGAGAGAAAAAGGAUGUCUAAACUGUCAAGAUGGGUGUGUUGCACGUGUGUUAGAAGGAUCUGUUAGGUGGAGGUUUGCACUUGCUACAUCCAAGGUCAUGUAAAUAGAUAACCCUUCCAACAGCAAUCUGCCCUGUUGCUGAAUGUAGUAUAUUUCCAAAGUUUGCGAGUCUUCCUGUAUUGUACAAAAAACUGCUGCUUGAUAAUAUAUAAUGGCAACCCCAAAUUAAUGAGUAUGGUAUUAAAUUUUAUUUUCUUAUCUGUAUUUUUAUGCUUUGUAUCUGUCCUCAAAAUAUCACAUCCUUGUUGGAAUUAGAAAAUAUUUAUAAGUGGUUAAAAAUCUUUUUCAAAUGUCUCUUUUUGCAUACCUGUUGAGGAUUGUUUUCCUUGAGAGAGAGGAUGUAUUCCUGAAGACGUGUUACUCAUUCCAGGAGAACAAAACAAAAGCAGCCCACCUCAGAGCCCGUGUCUCCCGUCCUGGGAGAGGCCACAUCCAGAGGCAGGGGCGGGAUGGCUUCGUGGGAGGCGGCGGCCCUGGGUGCUGCCUGCGGAUGCUGCCAGCUUCGGCUCUGAGCCGCCUUCUGUCACUGGGCACUGGGCAGUGUCUCGGGCCCCAGGAAGUGACCAGGAGGUGAUUCUGAGGUGACGGAACUGCCCGUGUUGUAGUGGGGAGUCUAAAAAGGCUCCUAUCCACAGAACACGAGCGCAGGCUGAGGCUGACUGAGCCGACUCAAUCCGGGCAGACAGACACGUCACCCAAGGGGCGUGAGAACUCUGGGGAGCCCAGAGACACCACGCUGGCGAAUCCCAGCGACUCCUUCCAAGGUCGGGGACGUGUGGACGCAGCCUUUCUUGUUUGCAUCCAGUGGUCAAGCCAUCCCUCCCAGGAAGCCAGCCUUGGCCGGCGUGGGAGCUGUCACAUGCACACAGAUCGGAAGCCGAUGUGUUCUCAUCUGUCACUCUGAACUAAAGGGAGGCUUGGGUGUGUUUAUUUUCAUGUCAAACCCCUUCCAAGUGCUUUUUAUUUGUUCAGAAUUGAAAGAAUGUCAGGGUCUGGUUAACAACUGUUUGCUUAACAUUCACAAGAGGCACAGGGGUUGUGACAUUUUUGACAAGCUGGGGUAAGCCUUCCUGAGCUCACUCUCGGAGGGCCAGCCCCUUAGUGGGUCCCCAACACAUCUUAACCCUGGGUCUUGGGCACUAAAUCUCAUGGAGCCAAACCAGCCGAUGCAAACGGUUUUCCUGCAUUCCAGUGACUGCCUAAGAAAAAGAAGCAUCACAUGAAACUGAUCCCAAACAUCAACUUCUUUCAGUUUUCAUGAGUGUCUUGAGUUAUAGCCAACACCACUGUCUUAAUUCUGUUUGAAUACGAACUUUUCUGGUGGUUGGUGAGCUAGCUGUGCUCCCUAAGCCAGCUCCCCUCUCAAAAAUACAAGCUGGGGUGUUGAGUGCCGGAAGAAAGGAUUAAAACCCUGCCCUUAAGCAGCUGCUGGCCAAUUAGAGUAAACUCUGCCUGCCAGUUCGGGCUUUAGAUGCAAAUGAUGCCAUUAGCAGGUGCUUUCAGCACGCUGAUUGGCCUGAACUGAUGGAGGCCGUGGCUGGGACAAGCUGAGCACCUUGACACACAUCUUGUCAAAGAACCUCACUCACCGCUGUUGCCUCUUGAGCCCUCAGAGGGGAGAAGAUGUUAAGAAUGUCCUUGUUAACUCUCCAACAGAUAAAAAGUCUCUCUCCUGGGGUGGUGCUGGAAGGCUUAAAGAUUUUGAAAAUCUUGACUGUUAAAAAGGAGUUUGAAUACAUCACAUUCCUAUGCAAAAUGUUUUUAAUCUCCAGUUUAAUGUAGUUUAUUUUUGCUAUAUGUAAAGUAUUUUUAUACGGCUUGUAUCAUGAUAGUUUAGCAAUAAAACUGUUGAAAGCAA